AUGGCGCCCCACCAUCUAGCAGACACGGUCUCCCAGUGCGAUGCCGACACCUUUGUCUACGCCUACCGGGAUUUACGCUCCCGCCGCCGCCCCCAGAACCGCCACGCCAAACAAUCAGCAAAGUAUUACGGCUACCGAGGCGUGCAUCCCAGCUGGGUUGGCCAACCGUACUCUGACUUCUCGACAGAGAUACAAACCCCGGAUUCCGAGGCCGAGGCCGCGCCCAAGUCCGAGUCCGCAUGGGCGUCCAAAUACCCGAACCUCCACGCAAGUAUGGAUCCACUACUCCUCGCGAAGGCCAGAGGUACAGCACCCACGAUAGCGACCUGGACGAAGCGAGAUAUGUGGCAGGAUCGCGAGGACCGCAUCUGGCCGCUCGAUCGACGACACCACGUGGGCAAGCGAUUCCGCGAGAAGAGGUCCCGCAAGUGGAAUGAGUUGUCGUUGGGCCGGCGGAUGAGGCAGCGGAGCAGGGAGUGGGGGUUCGUGGUUGAGGAUGCGCGCGAUCUAGCUAGGUUGCGGUACGACGAUAUGGAUACCGUUUACUUCGACCCUGAGGAGUGGGAUUCGAGCUGGGAUGACCUGGAGGAUGCGGACGUGGAGGACUUUGAGGAGGUGGCGUACAAUGAAAGAGGAGAGCCGCCACCCGAAUGGAUCGAUCUGGACGGGGAGAGAUUUUUCGAUGCAUGGUUCGAGAACGGGGUUGGGAGCUGCUGGGAGGAGAGCGAUGCUGAAGUCGAUGUUGAGGAGGGUUCACUCGCGGAUCAAGAGCAGGACGACUUUGACUUUAUCUGGCUCGAGGAUUUCGAGGAUGCCGAGCCAACAGCGACGGUUGUGACUAUUGCUUCGUCCAUAAGCACGAGGGAUGUGAUGACCCGUCGGACUGGGCCGAAGAGGAUGAUGACUAUGAUAUGGUCAACCUAG